ACUCCAACUGCAAUGGAGAACAUGCAAACGAGGUGUAGCUCUUGCACUUUCUGUGAAAGUUCUGUGAAGUCGUCACAUCCGACCUAUGUAAUUCAGGAAGUCAUUUAUGCCGCAAAGUGAAAGAGAGCAGAGGCAUAACAUCAGUUGAGAAGGGCGCUGUUACUGUAGAAAGUACUCUCUUCUUCAGCAGUAGCCUAUCAAUGAUCAUUUUUCAUGUUUCUUCUACUGUUCGGUAGGGAGACGGCCAAUCCAUGAUGCUAAACACUGGAGUGGAGUGGCCAUGAUGGCCAAGUUUAAAACCAAGGAACAAACUUUGAACAAGUCGGAAUUGUAAUACGGUUUAAUUCGUCCUGGGCGCAGCCAAAAUUUGCAAUGGCACACUUUAGCAGCUAUAUUACCAUUGGGACCUUUCUUUUUAUUGCCUGCUUUGGAAUGUCGAAUUGUUACUUUACCGUUCCUCUGAAAAUUUUCACGGGAAAGUUUAAUUCUUCAAUGGAUUUGGACUUGACUCCUCUUCAACUGAAGCAAACCUCUGGAAACGAAUUGUCCUUGGCAUCUGAUCCGAAUGGAAUCGUGAACUUUUUGGACAUGGUCAACAAUUUGCAAGGAGAUUCUGGAAGAGGCUAUUACAUGGAGAUGUCAAUCGGGACUCCAGGUCAAAAGCUGAACAUCCUGGUGGACACAGGGAGUAGCAACUUUGCUGUGGCAGCCUCGGCCCAUCCCUUCAUUACACACUUCUUCGACACUGCACUUUCUAGCACGUACCAGGCCACAGGCAGGAUGGUGUCUGUGAGGUACACCCAGGGAAACUGGGAGGGUGAGCUGGGCAUCGAUCGUGUUUCCUUCCCCAAGGGACCCAACGGCACCAUGAGCAUCAACAUCGCCGCCAUCCUGUCCUCUGAAGGGUUCUUCCUCCCCGGGGUCAACUGGCAAGGCAUUCUGGGACUGGCCUACCCCUUGCUGGCACGGCCUGAUUCGUCCGUGGAGCCUUUCUUCAACUCGGUGGUGCGACAGACGGGCAUUCCAGAUGUCUUCUCGCUCCAGAUGUGCGGAGCUGGACUGUCGGCCAGCAGCUCUGCCGACCCCGUGGGGGGCAGUCUUGUCAUGGGAGGUGUUGAACCAACUCUGUACCGGGGGUCAAUGUGGUACACCCCCAUUAGACAAGAAUGGUAUUACCAGGUGGAAGUGUUGAAGCUGGAGGUGGGCGACCAGAACUUAAACCUGGACUGCAGAGAGUACAACAUGGAUAAAGCCAUAGUUGACAGUGGAACCACUCUUCUGCGACUGCCUGUCAAUGUCUUCAAUGCCGUGGUGGAAGCCAUUUCCAGAAGUUCUCUGAUCCAGGAUUUCUCCUCGGGCUUCUGGUUGGGCACGAAGCUGGCCUGCUGGAUGAAGGGAGAGACCCCCUGGAGGUUCUUCCCCAAGCUGUCCCUCUACCUGAGAGCCACCAACACCAGCCAGUCCUUCCGUAUCACUAUCCUCCCUCAGCUGUACAUUCAGCCAAUCACGGACGUCGACGGCACGCUGGACUGCUUCCGAUUCGGCGUGUCGUCUUCGGCCAACGGCCUCGUCAUCGGAGCCACCGUCAUGGAGGGCUUCUACGUGGCGUUCGACCGCGCCCAGAAGAGGGUGGGCUUCGCUCUCAGCACUUGUGCAGUGAACGGAGGGGUGGCUGUGUCCGAGAUCUCCGGGCCCUUCUCGGCGGAGGACGUGGCGGCGGACUGUGCCGCCGGAGGCCUGCUGAAGGAGCCCUUCUUCUGGGUCAUCUCCUACGCCCUCAUGGCCGUGUGCGGCCUGGUCCUCCUGCUCCUGCUGCUCCUCCUGGUGCUGCCCUGCCAGCGGCGCGACCGCCUGGGGGAGAUCACCGACGAGUCCUCGCUGGUCCGACACCGCAUCAAGUGACUGAGACGAAACCUGGGUGGUGGCGAGUCGGGGGACACACCGCCCGGGCACUCUGCAGCGCCGUCGUCAGAGGAGGCGAUAGGCUCGCACUGACCAAUGAGAAUGAUUCACUGGAUAUUUUUGGACAUGACUAUUG